AUGAUCAGUGUCCAGGAUCAGUAUUUUAGUCUCAACCGUAUUCUUUUACUGAUAGUUGGUUUAUGGCCUUAUCAAAAAUCAAAACUUACUCGACUUCAGUUCAUCUGCUUUUUUAGUAUCUUGAUAAGCUUUAUUAUAUUUCAGUUUACAACAUUUAUAACUUCAAAAUGUACAGCAAAUUUUGUCAUCAGAGUAUUAUCUGUUGCAUUUGGUCUCAAUUGCAUGAUAAUAAAAUAUUAUUCGUUUUGGAUUAAUAGUGAAAUUGUGAAAGAUUUAAUAGAACAGCUUCAGCGUAUUUAUAAUGAUUUGGAAGACAGUAACGAAAUUGCCAUUAUAAAAAAAUACGGGCAAAACGCAACCUAUUAUACGUCUAUAUUGACAAUACUUUUUGUUUGCAGUAUAUUUAUUCUCGUUGAUGUCCAAGUGUGGCCGGACAUUUUGCAACUUAUUUCAUCCACAAACAAAUCUAGACCACGUCAGUUGCUAAUUUUGACUGAGUAUUUUGUUGAUCAAGAAAAAUAUUUCUAUUAUCUGCUACUACAUAUAAAUGCGGCUACUUGCAUAGGGUUUGUUGUAUUGGUAGCGACAGGGUCAAUGUUCAUUGCAUAUUUUCAAUAUAUAUGCGCAAUGUUUACAAUUGCUAGGUAUCGCAUCGAAAACGCAAUAAAGAUUCAAAUAUCGCAGGAUAUUAUUAAGCAUAACAAGAAUUUAAUAUAUACGAGUAUAAAAAGUGCCGUAGAUAUUCAUCGAAAAGCUAUGGCGUUAUGCAUAAAUCUAAUAUCUAAAUUUGAGAUAACAUUUUUCUUUUUAAUACUAUUCGGAGUGAUGACUUUAAGCCUGAAUAUUUUUCGAAUUUUUCAGAUUGCAUCAUCAACAUAUAAUGCUGACGAACUCUCUAUAUCCUUUACAGCUGGAUUUAUUAGUCUUUUAUAUAUGUUUGUAGCAAACUUAGUCGGACAAGAAAUUACGGAUCAUUAUAAUUAUAUAUUUAUUUCUGCAUAUAAAAUUCAAUGGUAUAUAGCUCCGCUAGACAUAGAAAAGUUGAUACUAAUUCUUAUACAAAGAAGUAACAAGAGUUUUGGUCUAAAUAUUGGUGGAUUAUUUGUAGCAUCUAUACAAUGUUUUGCCACGCUAGCAAACUCAUCUUUAUCCUAUUUUACAGUCAUGUAUUCUGUACAAUGA